AUGAUCUGCACGGCUUCACGGCGCUGCUUGCAGAGUACUGCUGUGCCUCUAUCUGUACCCUGUGCCACCAUACCCGCAUUCCUCCUACCCGCCUUCCAGCAACCACCCACCUCGCGCUCCUUCAGCUCCUCGCAACCAUGUCGCUCCAAGAUCGGCAAAUCACCGCUCUCCAUACCGCCAAACGUCACCUUCACGGUCACUGAGGCGCCUCGAACGAAGGGCGGCCGUAUAAGCAGGACGCAGGGCAUGUCCACAGCCCACAUAAUAGGGCCCCUAGGCGAAAUGUCCAUGCCCAUUCCGCCUUUCAUCGCCAUACAAAGAGACACCCCUACCAGUGCUCCAACCCUCUCCGUCCUCGACGCCGAAGAGCGACACCAACGCGAAAUGUGGGGCACCGUACGCGCCUAUCUCGCAAAUCACAUCCUGGGCGUCAGCGAAGGCCACACAGCCAUCCUGCGUCUCGUCGGUGUCGGGUACCGCGCGACAGUCGAGCCUACAGCCACGACCGUCAAGUCAGAAUACCCGGGCCAGCAGUUUGUGAAUCUGAAGGUGGGAUACUCGCAUCCAGUGGAGCUGGGAGUGCCGAAGGGGGUGAAGGCGAGCACGCCACAGCCGACUAGAAUAUUGUUGGAGGGAGUGGAGAAGGAGGUGGUAAUGCAGUUUGCGGCAAAGAUUAGGGCGUGGCGGAAGCCGGAACCAUACAAGGGCAAGGGCAUCUUUGUGAAUGGAGAAAGUAUCAAGCUUAAGAACAAGAAAAUCAAGUAG